GGAUCAAAUUAGAUACUGCGUGUGGUUAAAUUUGUCUUUCUUUGUCAAAGUUGUAGUUAACACUCCACAGUAAUUCCAGUCCGAGAUUACAAAAAAAUGUCAGAGGAUAAUUCGUGGGUUUUCGAUUCUCUUUUAUGUUUCUUGCAUGGUCCUGUUUGGAAUGCCCCACUUCAGACUUUCAUAGAGGAAAAAUCAUUAGUUUUCGAUCCAAAUCAAGAGUCUGCCGAGGACAAUGAGGAAUAUCGGAAGGUCCAUGAAGAAUAUAAAAAUUUGGUGGACUCGAUGCUUGGAAGUUUUAUGGAAGAACUGCAUAUCACACCGGAACAAUUUGAGAUGGCCUGCUUGGAAAGUAAAAGUCAUCAGAACGAAGGAAGCUUUAGAUUUCAACAAGGACUCUUCCAACAGAUCUGGGCAGCCAACGAUAUUCGCAUUUUCAUCCGUAUGAUGACCCAAAGGAAUGUGGAACUGCAACUUCAAGCACUUGAUCUACUAGAACGAAGACAGCAAUCUCAAUCUUUGGAUGAAGAGAAAGGUCCGGAAACUGUUGAAGAAACGAAAAGUCAAGAUAUUGAACUGGAAAAUACGUUAUCUGCAACUGUAGCAACAGAGCUCACGAAACCUGAAGAAGUUGUAAAAGAUGAUGACGAGUUGAAAAACACCAAAUUUGAAAGACUAAAUCUUUUCUUUGAUAAUAAAAAAAUUGAUGCAGCUGAUAUCCAAGCACGACAAGAGUACUUACGGACACAACGAGAUAAAAUCGUGGAAAUCAAGAAAAAAGCUCGUGCCAGACAACUAAAUGAGACCACCCAUAAAGGAGGUUCUAGUAUUCGACCAUCGUCAGCCCAAGUGGCAAAACAAAUCCUUGAGGGACAUGCAGAUGAAAUAGUUCAUAACUCGGAGAGGAACGAAGCGUCUGUUCAAUUGAGGAAGGCGUUGGCGAAACGUCUACGAACUGAAGUAGUGGAACAAAACUGAUUAUUCUCAAGUUUAAUUAAAAUAUAACAUUAUCGAUGUAUUAAUAAAUUUAAAUCAAUGUGAUAAGCAUUCUUGGGUACGUACAUAUAUCAUUAUAGAAAAUUUACCUAUGACUUAUAUUGUAUUAAAUUGCACUAAUAAAUGCGGAUAUUUUCUUGCAUAAUCAGAAAAU